AUGAAGUUUACAACUCUCGCAGUUUUUGUUUCGGCUCUCUCCGCUGUCGCCGCUGCUCCAAUGCCGGACACUACACCUUCAAACUCCCCUCACCAGCUAUUCAAGCGCAAAUCAUGCCCCAGCUAUUACAGAUACAAGGGCGUGUGCAACGGCACCUCGUGCCGAUGGGGCCUGAUCAACUACAGAUGUGAAAGGGGAUCUUGUGUCGGUAAUGGCGGCGGCGACGGAUCUUGCUGUGGUUGGCCCAACGGAGGCAGCCCAGCCAUCUGCCCUAACGGAGGAUUUUAA